AUGAUGGCAACUGAGUCCCCUGUCGCAAAGCCUGCUGAUGUACCAGUCGCACCCGAGCCCCGGCCCGUGAGUAGAUCCCCUACCCAAUCACCGCCGAUCAACCAGGCCGAUCAAGCCCAGCAUGUCGCUUCCGAGCAAUCAGAUGUAAACGGCGGCCUCUCCGUCAGCGUCGACGAUAUCGAGAACAAGCGCAUCACCAUCGUCGAAGAGCAGUCCAACUCCGCCGACGUCAGUGUCAGCGGAGGGUCAGAUACCGAGACGUCGCGCACGGACGGUGCCAGGCAGAAGGAUGGGGACAAGAACCAUGGUCGAACCAGCUCCCUGGCUAGGAAGCCGGCUACCUUCAAGGCGGUGUCCGUCAACAAGACGUUCCUCGCCGCCAAGGCCAGCCCUGGCGGCGGCUCUCCGAAGACGAGUGAGCGGCCAACGCCAAGCUCAAGUACGCCGCCACCCGGUUUGCCAACGCUAUCGACAUCCCGCCCCCGACUUGUUGCGAAGACUGGAAGCGGUGCCCGAGACUCAACACCUCGUUUCUCUUCCGCGGUGAACGGUGCGAAGCCAGCGACUGCACCGGACCCGAGCGUUGUCUGGAACAAGAAUCGGCGUAUGCACACCUCCAAGCAUCCUGUUCGAACAUCCGCGAGGCAAGAUACUAACUUUCCUUUAUUAGCACCGGAGCCGAAAAAGUUCACAGAUGAAGAGCUCAAAAAGUAUGGGAUUCACAUGGCUAGUCGCCUGAAUGAAGACGAUGCUCAAGGUCAGAAUAAAUGGGCGGACAUUGACGACGAUGACGACGAUUGGGCACCGGAGGCCAUCACCUGGGGCGACGGAACCAAGACUACGCUCCCACAUCCUGACGAAGCAGCCACCGUGGUUUCUGACAAUGGAUCAGUCGGCUCCAAAGGGAAGGGCAUGGAGAAACCUAAGUCUCCUGCUCCCAUGGGACUCGGCGGCCCGACAUUUACCAAAUCCAGCAGCCUUGCCUCCGGAAAGGGCCUCGUGCUAAAGCCUGCCUCGCAAGAGAAGCCUGCCUUGGUCGCGAAGCCACCAGCUCCCCCAACCCCGGCAAAGUCGCCGUGGGCCACAUUGCCACCAGUCGACAGAGCCUCGCCAGCCUCCGCAGAGGUCCUGCGAACUCAGACGAACCCCCCCUCGUUCAAAGGCGCCACCAAGGAGAUUGCCGCCGACGAAUUUGGUCGGUCGUCUUGGAGAGACGGGGGUUCUCACGGAAAUAGGGAGCUCUACAACUCUCAUUCAGGACGCUACGAACCUGUGUUUGACCGACGUGGUUCCAUGCGGUCCGAUACGCACCCCAAACAUCCUGCCCUGCUGCAACGUCCACAGCCGGCGGACCAACCCGCUGAACCAUCCAGCGCUUUCCAGACCAGUCGCAUCUCCCAAGAUGCCCCAUUCGGACGACGUCGUGGAUCUUCCAACGUCAGUGGCGGUAGCGGGUCCUUCAUUCAGAGACUGGGCAAGGGAAGCGACGGCGCCGUGCAGCCUCCAUCGGAAUUCCUGAGCGCUCGACGCCCGUCCUUGGCAGGCUCUGGCGAUAGUCCUAUCUCGCCUGUCGCUGGCCAUGCGCAACCCCGACAACAACCGCAGCCAGGAUGGCUGCCCAGAUCUUCACCCGGAACGACCUUUGCUGCGCCGCAUGAUGGACCUCUGCCGGCCGAACCAAACGUGGUCUCGCCCGCGCCUGUCCAGCCGGUCGAAGACGAGGUUGAGUACCAGAAGAAGCUAAUGCGGGAGCGGGUGGAGCUCGCAAGAAAGCGCCGUCAAGAACAGGAAGCCCGCGAGGAGGCCGAGAGAAGAGAGCGCAUCCAGAAAAAGCUGGAGGCUUUGGGACCGCUUCCAGACAAGAAGAGUGACAAGAAGGAGGCUGCUGCAAAGGACGAGGCCGUAAAGCCAAAACAUAUUCAACAGCGAGAACAGCCAGAAGCGUCGCGGGCACCAGAACCAGCUCCGGCACAAGAUUCCCACCCCGAUGCCGAGGCAACGACCGCCAGCACUCGCGAUGGCCAUGGCCCCAAUCCGAAGGAUCUCUCUCCGAAGGGCGGCCACCCACCUGGACCGGCUACCAGACGAUUCUCCCACGGACAGGAAGGGAAGCGCCUUGACUUGUGGGCCGGCUCAGGGCCUCGACCAGACAGGUUCUCCUCUUGGGCUGGGGGAGCGCCGCCGCCAUCACGCAAUGUCUGGGGCUCUCCAGACAACGACAGGGGCCUUGGCAAUGGGACAUUUAACCCGGAUCUAGGUCGAAUCCCUGGGACGGCUGUAGCACCUCCGGCAAGCCAUAAGGGCCCAACUCCCAUUGCUCCCCCAAGCACAGGUCGCCCGCCUACUCAGCCACCGGCGCCCAUAGGUUCCUCAAGCUCGCGACAUGGCCCACUGAACUCGGAUCUCGCCCAAAAAUGGGUCGCAGCCGUUGCAGAGAACGACAAGUCGAUGAGUGCCGCGCGUCUGGCGGAAAGGGUUGGUCGAGAACGUCAGCUAGCGGAACAAGGGCUGUCGGUUGAUGAUGCGCAGCCAACGAUCAAAGACACCUGGCGACCUGUGCAGCUGCCUGGAGACGGAACGCGCAGAACCACCGGGACAGUCGAAGUCCACUCUCACGGAUCUGGCUCUUGGAAGGCGACCCAGCCGAAAGGACCCAAGGCACAUGCUGCGGAAGAUGUGAUUCCAUCUUCAACCCCCGGGGUGAUUGGUUCCGGCAGCAACUCGAUCCUCUCCCAAGCUGGGUCCGGUACCCCAUCUCAGUCGCGUGCAUCCAGGUUCUUCCCUGCCAGCAAGGGCUCCCGGCAGGAAACGGGCUCUGGCGUGCAAUCGUCACGUCCAACCUCGCCUUCGCCGCCCCCACCCACUAUGGAGGGACACCCGGCGUAUGAGGGUGACGUAUUGCACCCGCAUGUUUCUCUUCCAAGACCUCAGCCAGUGGUGAAACUGCCACCCUCCAUGUUGGCCUCUCAUGCACCGCAGCAUCCAAGCCAGCCUGCUUGGACAGCUCGCGUGCCAGGCAAGGAUCACCCGCGAGGACCCUUGGGCCAAGGCCACAGCUCCCAUCGGGAGAGCGACAGCUCUCAAGGUUCUUGGCAGGACAGGAUCAAUAACCUUCUCAAUGGAGGAAAGACGUCGCCUCCCAAACAUAUAGGGGUGGACCCGGCAAGUAGGAGCAUGCUGGACCACGUGGUUCACACCGAUUCCGCCACAGUAUCUUUGCCGAGUAUAACCACGACUGUGGGAGGCGAAAGUGAGACCCAGCGGCGUCUCCUUUCGAAGCCCAUGGCGGAAGAGUGUUUUGAGGAGCAGGAGAUGGGAUCUCUGCCUCAGAUCCGGCUCCCGCACGUUGCGCCCGAGGCGGCGUGGCAGCCUGCCAUGGUUCAAGCAAAGCCAUUGCCCAAGAGAUUUCUGGUGCAGGCGUCCAUCAUGGAGCCUUACUAUUUCGCCGCUGAUGUGGUGGGGGGCGGCAACGCACUGAAGAUUCAGUUCCCCGGCAUGACAGAGGCGAAGAUCGCCACGAUACCAUUUUCAGCGACUCGGGGUCAUCGAGGCGGACAUGGGCGGCCCACGCCGCGACAUCGCGGCUCUGGCGGUGGCCCGCGUGGCCCGAAGAGAGAGCCGUCGAGCUCGUACAACGCAGGAGAGCCCAGCUCCGGCGGCACAAGCCGGGGCGGGACGCGCGGUAGCCAUCGCAGCCGUGGCGGCGACAGCUGGAACCGACAGUCGGCUUCUUCGACGCCGUCACCAGCGCAGCCCAAGGCUCAGACCUCGGCGUCCACUUAA